UACUGGGCUCCGGCAACCCCCCGAGCCACAAGCGUCCUGAGGGCCCCUCUUGUAUAACAUGUAUUCCCCAGGUUGGGACGGCACGGUACAUGGCCCCUGAAGUUCUGGAGUCUCGGGUGAAUCUGGAAGACCUCGAGUCCUUCAAGCAGAUGGACGUUUACUCGCUGUCCCUCGUCCUGUGGGAGGUGGCCUCGAGGUGCGACGCCAUUGGAGAGGUGAAGAAUUACGAGUUGCCGUUUGGCUCAAUGGUGCGGCAACAUCCGUGUGUGGAGACCAUGAGGGACGUCGUGCUCCAUGGAAGAGGCCGGCCAGACAUUCCCGACUCCUGGCGGAGAGAUCCGGGAAUGGAAAUUCUUUGUGACACAAUCGCCGAGUGCUGGGACCACGACCCGGAGGCGCGACUGACGGCGCACUGCGUGGUCGAGCGCUUUCACCUCAUGGAACAGGUCGGCUGCAUUGGAAUCGGCUGAAUAAUUUUUUCAUCCUACGAGGACAACCUGAUUCAGUGGUGACCUUCCCACCGCCAUGUUGGGUCACGCCCCUCCGAAAACCCUCCACCCCUCCCACGUGUGGAGAUACAGAGAAUGGGAGGGGCUUCCUGUGCCAGAAUCUGACCAAUGAGAGGCACAGACGCAUGUCUUACCCCGGAAUCAGGACACAGACAAUGAGGAUGGCGGGAAGGAGAGGAUGCUGGGAAUUCCAACUCCAAGUUGCACUAUUAGGACUAAAUAAUUUGUAAAUAUAUGAAAUUUCAGGACUUCUCCUUCUAUGAUUUAUGGCAUCAAAAGUUUACAAUGACAGCUCCACCCCUUCCCCCCCCUGAUACUCUACUUCCUGUAUCCUCCCCCACUGAUACUCUACUUCCUGUAUCCCCCCCCCCACUGAUACUCUACUUCCUGUAUCCCCCCCCACUGAUACUCUACUUCCUGUAUUCCCCCACACUGAUACUCUACUUCCUGUAUCCCCCCCACACUGAUACUCUACUUCCUGUAUCCCCCCCACUGAUACUCUACUUCCUGUAUCCCCCCCCCACUGAUACUCUACUUCCUGUAUCCCCCCCCACUGAUACUCUACUUCCUGUAUCCCCCCCCCACUGAUACUCUACUUCCUGUAUCCCCCCACACUGAUACUCUAC